AUGCUGAAAGUUUCCAUCAAGGAUGUUAUCUCUUACUCGGCCGGCCAAGGGCUGCUGCCAUUGGGGGCUUCGGCCGUUUUGGCCGUGGCCAUGCUCUUUGCCAGCAGUCUUCUUAUCAAGAUGCGUUAUGCGCGACUGCGCAACAUACCGGGCCCAGCGCUAUCAAAGAUUACGGACUGGCAUUUGAGUCUACAUGACUUGUCAUAUGACCGGAAUAAUGCAAUCUUUGACUGGCACCGGCAGUAUGGCCCUAUCGUCUGCAUUGCGCCCAAUGAAGUGUCCGUCGCCACGCUGGAAGCUACAAAGGUGAUAUACGGAACAAGCCACCGAUGGGCAAAGAGCGACUACUUUGACUUGUUCAUGGGAUACAAUAUGAGAUCCGUCUUUGCAACCAAACCGUACGAAGCGCAUCGCACAAAGAGAAAGCUCAUUUCGGCCUUUUAUCAAGCGUCCAACAUUUACACAAACCCCAAUAUCGAAGCCCACGUCCAAGAACGGUGCCGCACUUUUUUGAAGCAAAUUCAGCAUGGCCAGGCCGUGGAUCACGACUGCCAAGAGCGGGACAUUCUUCUGGAGCUGAAGCAGCUGCAGUUUUUCAAUCUUCUCCGCUCCCGCUUUCCAGUCUUACUUCGAUUCGUGCCAGCGCUGCUGAGGCAGUUGAGUUCAAAUUUUGGUUACCUAUCCGCCGAAGACAAGCUGGCGGCCUGGUGCCAGGCACGCAUCUCAACAACCAUCAAGGACUCGGGGGCGUCCAAGGCGCACGGCUUGCUGCAGAUUCUGCGCGAAAGCCACACCACGGAGCAUGGCGUUGAGAAGCCGCUCGAUAGGCUCUACAUUUCUGCAGAGAUUCUCGACAAUAUCAAUGCCGCAGAGGCCACGACGGCGGUCACUGCCACGUACCUCAUCUGGAGGCUAACCCAGAACCCAUUUUGGCAGGGCAAGAUACGACAGGAGCUGGCUACCCUACCCAAACAGGAAGACGGCUCUAUAUCCUUUGCCGACGUCAAUGCGGGAGCUCCGUCUCUGGAAGCCUGCUUGAAAGAAGUCUACCGACUCCACCCGGCCUCGAGCGGUCGAGCCGAGCGGGUCGUGCCUCGAGGAGGCUGUGAGUUAUCAGGCGUCUACCUCCCAGAAGGCACCGUCGUCUCGACUUCCGUCGUGGCCUUGCACCGAGACCAAGUCAUUUUCCCGGAUGCCGACGCCUUUUUGCCGCAAAGAUGGCUCGGCGCGGACAAGAAGACGCUGCAGAUUCGCGAAGCGCAGCUGAUUCCGUUUGGGUACGGGGGCAGGAUCUGCUUGGGGAAAGCGCUCGCCACCAUGGAGAUUAAGCUACUCGUCGCGGCUCUGUAUCUCACGUAUCAGACUGAACCGAGUGAUGUAACUAGCCAGGCAUCCAUGAGACAGUGCAGUACGCAUGAUGCAGUUCCUCGCGGGAUUGCAUGUCUGGUUCGAUGCCGCGCAAUCGCACAAGAUUGA